CCCGCUGGGGAAUCACGUGGUUUUACCCGGGCCAAUCAAAUGUGGGAAUCCAGUUUGCGCGUUCUUGCUGAGCGCGGGGAGGACAGAAGCGGGUUGUAGCGCACUGGUGUUACCGUCACAUCCACAUUACCGGGAGAAUCCUACAUUUCUACAAAAAUGUCAGACGAGAAGCCAAAGGAGGGUGUGAAGACUGAAAAUGACCACAUCAACUUAAAAGUAGCAGGUCAGGAUGGAUCUGUGGUCCAGUUCAAAAUUAAGAGGCACACCCCCCUCAGCAAACUGAUGAAGGCCUACUGCGAAAGACAGGUGAGGUUGCGGCUUGAGCUCCAGUGGGGUUUAUCCAUAAGGCAAAUUAGGUUCAGGUUUGAUGGUCAGCCAAUCAAUGAGACGGACACACCUGCACAGCUGGAAAUGGAAGAUGAAGACACUAUCGACGUAUUCCAGCAGCAGACGGGAGGAACCUGCUAAAGAUGAAGCACAUGUGGAUGAAGCUUGUUUAUUUGUGCUCAUCUUCACUUCCACUGCAGUUCAGGGCUGAAAUGGAAAAGGUUUUGGAAAUCUAAUCUGUUUAAGUUAAUAGGUUUUUUUUUUUUUUUUUUUUUUUUUUUUUUUUUUGGGUCUUUUAAUCAUCCAAAGACCUCAUUUUCCUUUUUGCAAUGUUCUCCCUGAACUAAAUUGGAAAUGACAGUUAGUAAUGUUGUAUUUUCCCCACUUUGGAGUUUAUUGUAUGCCUGUUGUAUACGUUUUUUGUAUUAUGUAUGUAUGUUUGCACCUCCCCCAUCUAUUUUUAUAUACAAGGAGGGAAGUUUCGUGAAAGAAAGGAUGUUUGUGUCUUAGUAUGGUCUUGGAUCUUUAAUUGCGGUAAAUGACUAAACUUUAAGAUGCCCUUUUUAUGAACAAUUUCAAACAUCGCAGCGUUGUGUUUUUCUGACACCUCAGGUUUGAUAAAGCUAGAUUGUGGAUCAUAUACAGGUAGCCGUUUUUAAUUUUAAAAGCUUUGAUGCACAUGUCUUUAAAAGUUUGCUGUUUGCUUAAGUAUGAAUUUCAUGAUAUACAAAUUAAGUGUUCCCCUUGAUUUUAUUGUCUCAUAGUUCGUCCUCUGCAGAUACAUCAUAUUGUAAAGCCACUCUCAUUUAGCCUUCCUGACAUAUCAAGAGUAUUAAACGCUAUCCUGAUCUAAUUGCAAAUCCAUAGUGAACUCAUGCCAAAUCAACACUUGUGAGUGUUGUAAUUGGAUGGCAGGGGUGUUUGAGAGAGCAGAGGAUCCUGUGUUGGCCAUUUACUACUGUAUAUAAUAAAUAUAGUUUGAUACUGA